AUGGCCUUCUUCUGUGUGUGUGUUUUGGGGUCCCGGGGAGAGCCGGGCCUGACCUACGUCUCCGAGUACUUCUCCCAGAGUGCCCAGCGGCUCUCCUUCUACAGCUGGUAUGGCAACGCCAAACUCUUCCGCUUCCGCAUCCCGGAGGACACCGUCCUGCUGCGCUGGCUCCUGCAGGCCUCCCGGGGGAGCGGCCCCGAGUGCGGAAGGACCCAGGUUACCAUCCACUUCCGUUACGGGGCCCCGCCCGUCAUCAACCCUCUGGGCACGCGGUUCCCGGCCAACAUGAGCCUGCCGGGCUCCUACAGCCAGACCUUGCCCCUGGCGGGCGCUCUGCAGAACGCCACCUUCCUCAACCUCACCAGCCCCGCGGCGGGGGACUGGUUUGUCCUGGCGCACCUGCCGGAGGCCACGGGCAGGAUCGAGGUCAAGGGCUUCUCCGCCCCGUGUGCCUACACCUUCCAGCCGGACCUGUUUGUGCUGCGCGUCCUGGAGGUGCCCAGCCUGCAGCCGGACCUCCCCUCCUGGCAGACCCUCUCCCGCCCAGCUUGGCCGCUCCACGCCAAGGUCUUUGUCCCGGCGUACAGCACUGCCCUGAAGGUUGAGCUGCGAAGCUGCACGGCGAACCUUUCCGUGGCCUGCGCCCUGCGUGUCACGCUGGGCUCCGCCACGCUGCCACGGUCCUUCCAGAAGGUGCUCAACUGCACGGGGGGAGCCUUCCCCUGCAGCCUGCUCCUGGCCUCGCCGCCCUGGGAAAGGUGGCUGCGCAUCACGGUGGAGAGCCUCAGCGGGCCCAGCGCCAGCCUCACCUUCCAGCUGGUGGCCUCCCUCACAGCGUGCAAGCCCGGGGGCGCCAGCACCUUCUUGGCCUUCUACCAGAGCCUGAACCGAAGCCAGGCUGUGCCGGCAGCAGGAGGCAGCCUGAACGCCACGUGGCAGGCGGGGGCCGGCGCCUCUGCUCUGGGGAGCUCUUGCCUGCGCAGCCAGCCGGUCGUCCGGGAGGACCUGGACGUGGUGUCGGUGGCGUUCCGGGUCCUCGGGGAGCCCGGCGUGCCCGUCCGGCCUCAGGUGCCCACCCUGCUCCUUUUCAACCUGAACUCGGGCACGGACAGCGGGGGCACGCUGGUCCUCGGCCUGCGGCUGAACCAGCAGCUGCCUUUGCCCUUCGUGCCCGCAGCAUUCUCCCAGGGCUACCCGCUGAACGUGUCGGGGUCCUCGACGGAAGCCGCGCUCAGCAUCCCCUACCCAGAGUCGGACUACUGGUUCCUGACCCUGCAGCUCCUCUGCCCGAAGGACGGCGGGGAAUGUGCCCCAGCCCUGGUGACGGUCACCGCCUUCCUCAGCCCUUGCUUUGAGGACUGCGGGGUGUACGGGCACUGCAGCUUCCUGAGACGCCACGGCUACGUCUACGCUGGGUGCAGCUGCAAGGCCGGCUGGAGCGGGUGGGGCUGCACAGACGGCUCGCAGGCCCAGUCCAUUGGCACCCAGACGCUGGCCACCCUCCUGCUGACGCUCAGCAACCUGAUGUUCCUGCCCGCCCUUGCCGUGGCCCUGUACGGCUACCACUUGGUCGAGGCCUCGGUGUAUCUCUUCACCAUGUUCUUCUCCACGUUCUACCACGCCUGCGACCAGCCCGGGGUGGCCGUGCUGUGCAUCAUGGACUACGACACGCUGCAGUUCUGCGACUUCCUGGGCUCCGUGGUCUCCAUUUGGGUCACCAUUCUGUGCAUGGCCCAGCUGAAGAAAAUGCUGAGAUACGUCCUCGGGGUGCUGGGGACCCUCUUCAUCGCCAUGUCUCUGCAGCUGGACCGGAGAGGGGUUUGGAACAUGAUGGGGCCCUGCCUCUUUGCCUUCAUCAUCAUGACCUCAGUCUGGGCCUACCGUGGUGUGAAGCGCCGCCACUGUUACCCACCCUCCUGGAAGCGCUGGGCCUUCUUCCUCUUCCCUGGCAUCAGCUUGGCCCUCAUCGCCCUGGCAGUCUAUGCAUUCAUGGAGACGAAUGAGAAUUACUAUUACACCCACAGCCUGUGGCACGUCCUCAUGGCCGGCAGCGUGGCCUUCCUCCUCCCCCCAGGAGACAGACCCAAGCGGCUGUGGGCGUGGUCGCGCAAGCUCCUCUGCGGCUACCAGAUCUGCAAGAACGACCGGGAAGAGCUCUACGCGGUGACGUGACUGACGGUCCUCCCGCCGCAGCGCCUGCCGGGCUUCUCUGAGAGAUUGGCGGAUGCCUUUCCAAAGGCCACCGGACCGUGUGUGAGACGGGCUGCUGGCCGAGCCAACCGGGCAAAGAGCUUGGGGGCGAGGGAGCGGGCUCUGCCAGGCCUCACGAAAGGCUACCAGGGCUGUGUAGACUUUCUGUUCAGCGGAGGGUUUGUGAGCCUGGUCAGACUCUCCAGCUCGCAGCCGCCCCUGGCUCCAGCCACAUGGCUGAGGCACAAGAACCACCCCGAGGAAACAAAGCUGCGAGGGGCAGUGGGGACCUGACAGAUGGCGACACGGAGCUUCCUGCCGCUCACCCCACCGGAGAAGGAAAGGGUGGGGGUGGGGACUCACCCCCGAUCCCUUUUUCUCUCUGUGUCGCCUCCCUGGAGACAGGAGAUGCCGGCCGGGGCUGCUGCAGGAGCCUUUGCUUACGCAGCCCCUGGGGAGACGGGAGGGUCCUGGGGGGGGGGGGGGGAUGUGAUAAGCUUGGUGUGUGCACGUCAGACCAGACCAGCUCCCACUAAGUGGGCGUCCCUCAGGGAAGUGUUUCGGUUGUUCAGGAUCACGGUGUCCUGAACAGCCCCGUCUGGUUGGCUGUGAUGACCCAGUUCUGCUCACGAGCUCUCUCGGUCACUUUGUGUUUCCGUUCCGUUUUUUGCACAAGACUGUGCUUGGCAGCACUGAGGCCGAUACGGUGGCUCCGUGCCUUUUGCAGCGAUUGCUGUGGGGUGUGAAUCCAGGCGGGACUGAGGUGGGACCUGCCCUGGAUGAAACCGAGCCAGGCGGCUGCCGCCUCUCGGGAGGACCGGGAUUCAGCAUAAAAAUCCCGAGCCACUGGGGAGCCACGUGGCUUCCCCUUUGGUGGCCUCCUCACCCCGCUGGGCUUGUUGCAGGUCGGUGGACUCCACGCACCCAGUUCCCGCCCCGUCCCUGCUUGAGGUGUCUCGAGGAGUUCAGGGCUGGCACUAGCGGAGCUGGAGUUGGCUGUCCUCCCCCUCCCCUCCCCUCCCCUCCCCCUUUCAAAGAUGUCUUUUGCACAAACGAGGUGAAGAAGAAGUGGGUUAGGGUCUUUGUGGAGCAAUAACAGUUGAUGAAGUGGAAGGGCCUUCCCGGCCGUCCCCUUUGAUUCUUGCCGCUGAUUUCAUUCUGUUUUGGUUUUUGGUCCCUACAGGAAAUAAAGGGAAUGUG